AGAGGCUGGGACGGGGUAGACAAGGAGCAGAGAUUGUUAAAAGGGUACAGAGUCAGAGGUAGAUAGGAGGAAUAAGUUUAUCCUUGAAUUCUUAAUCCCCUCCCCUGAGUUUGUCACUCCCUCGUAUUUCUUGUUUCAGCAAGUAGCACCGCCAUUCAUUUCUAAUCCUGGGGCUAACUCUUGAUGCCUUUCUUUUUUUCACCACCAACUUUAAGAAAGGAAGUAACCAAGUCCAAUGCCCAAGCAAAUGCUGCUCCAUCUCCGAUAUCUUUGUUAAUUGUCCACUUUAUCAACCCAGCCAGGGCCACCAUCGCAGGUCACUGGGGCGGUUGGCAAGAGCUUCCUCACUGGACUUCCCCAUCUAUUAUUGCCCUUAUCUAAUCUAUUAAUAGUCCUCUUACCACUACACACAGAAUUAUACUUUUAAAAGGUAAAUCUGAUUGUCAGUCCCUUUAAAAAAGUCUCUCAGUAGCGUGGCACAUCUCAAAUCGAGUUGGCUCUUCAUAUUCCCCGCGCACGCCGCGUGCAACUGUCCGUCCACACCGAGAGCAAGCGCGUUGUUGGCUAGCUACCCACGCGCGCAUUCUUGCAAAGCGGAGAAAGUCAUGCACGGGCGUGCGGAAGCCGAGCUGCUGCCACGGGGGACCUGGAAGCGCAGGUCCCCCUCGCACCGGCGCGGAAUCCGUCAGGCGGCCGGAGGGAGCACUGUCCCGUUUUGCUGCUUGUACCUGGGUCCCUAAGGUGGGCGCUGGGAGCGAAACUCCUUAGAAGCAACGCACAUGCAGAGUAAACAAGACUUUGCCCACGAAGGGGAAGCUGCGGUCAGUCGCCUUUUGUCCCGGAACCCCGGAACCCCGCAGCCCUCCCCAGCCUCUGGGCGCGGAGCCCGGCGAUUGGUCUCUCUCGUUUUCGCUGCGCUGUGCUCCUUACAGCGUCCUCCCUCCAGGUCACAUCUGGUCUGCAGAUGCGCUCGGGGAGGAUGCCGGAGCCUGCCGGGCCGCCGGCGCCGCUUCUCCGCUUCUGCUGCCGAGGAGCCCCGCUGGCGCUUCUGGUGCUGCUCGCGCUGCCCGCGGCCUGGGGUCAAUGCAGUGCCCCAGCAUGGCUUCCAUUUGCCAAGCCUACCAAACUAACCAAUGAGUCUGAGUUUCCUGUUGGGACAUCUUUGAAGUAUGAAUGCCGCCCUGGCUAUUUUGGAAAACCGUUUUCUAUCUCCUGCCUAGAAAACUCGGUCUGGACAGGAGCUAAGGACAGGUGCAGACGUAGAUCAUGCAAAAAUCCUCCAGACCCUGCGAAUGGCAUGGUGAAUGUGACACAAGGCAUCCAGUUUGGAUCCACAAUCAGUUUUUCUUGUGAUAAAGGGUUCAUUCUCGUUGGUUCUUCUUCUGCUACAUGCAUCAUCUCGGGCAAUACUGUCGCUUGGGAUAACAAAGCACCUAUUUGUCGGAAAAUUCCCUGUGAGCCGCCCCCAGCCAUCGCUAAUGGAGAGUUGGUCAGCAGUGCAGACUAUUUUGAGUACGGGAUGGUGGUGACCUACCGCUGCAGACGUGGGAGCAGAGGGGGAAAGGUGUUUGACCUUAUGGGCGAGGCCUCCAUAUACUGCACCAGCCUGGACGGUCGAGUCGGCGUCUGGAGCGGCCCUCCCCCUCGGUGCAUCGUGCCUAACAAAUGCACGCCUCCAGACGUGCAAAAUGCAGUGAUGGUACCUGACAAGCGAAGCCUGUUCUCCUUAAAUGAAGUUGUGGAGUUUAGGUGUCAGCCUGGCUUUGUCAUGAAGGGACCCGCCAGAGUGCAGUGCCAGGCCCUGGACAGAUGGGAGCCAGAGCCGCCCCGCUGCUCCAGGGUAUGUCAGCCACCUCCAGAAAUCCCACAUGGUGAGCACACACCAAGCGACAAGGACAAGUUUUCCCCUGGACAGGAAGUGUUCUACAGCUGUGAGCCGGGCUAUGACCUCACAGGGCCGGCGUCUCUGCGCUGUACACCCCAGGGAGACUGGAGCCCCGGAGCCCCCACCUGUGCAGUGAAAUCCUGUGAUGACUUCCUGGGCCAACUCCCUAAUGGCCGAGUGCUGGUUCCACUUAAUCUCCGGCUUGGGGCGAAGGUGUCCUUCGUUUGUGAUGAAGGGUUUCGAUUAAAAGGAAGUUCCGUGAGCCAUUGUAUCUUGGUUGGAAGGCAAAGCCUUUGGAAUAGCAGCGCUCCUGUUUGUGAACGUGAGUAA